UUCAACUUAUUAAUAAUAUAAAUCACAAACGAUUCUUACGAUGUCGAACGCUUCAACCACAACAACAACUCUCCUACCUUCUAGUGCGGGAGCUCAGUCGGUUUUGAGUCCAGAAGACACAUUUGUAGUUGCCUUCAGAGUUCUGAUAUAUGUGAGCGGAGUGCUGGGGAACCUGUUGGUGAUAUUCGUCAUUUUGUUUUUGAGUGAAUUUCGAAAACUUACUCACUGGUACGUUCUCCAACUUGCCAUAGCUGAUUUUCUUUUUCUACAAACUUUACCGUUCAAAAUUUCUGAGCAAAUUCACGGAAGAUGGAUAUAUCCGGUUGGAAUGUGUCGAGCACUACAGACAAUAUUGUUCUUCAAUUACUAUGCUUCUAUUUUGUUCCUGAUGAUAAUGGCAAUUGACAGAUAUCUUGCCGUGUGCCACGCCCUGUCUUCUCGUGUCCAACGCCUGCGAUCACGUGCAUACUCCUACUUUAUAACUGCGCUGACUUGGGCAAUAGCCCUGGCUAUGUGCAUACCCGUGAUGAUGUACAGCGACACCGUCGGAAUCAAACCCACAUGUUUCUGCACAUUGCAAUUUCCAAUCGACCGUGACGAAUGGUGUCAUAAGCAUAUGCAAAACCUUACACAAGAGUGUUAUGAGGAUGUGUUUGAUGAUGUUCACGGCGAAUCAUGUAUGACUAAUAAACCUGUAACUUCGGGAAGUGGAAGUGGAUAUGACUGGUUUGAACUAGGAAGUGGUGAUUUAUUCAGCGGUUUGACAUCAGAUAUAGACUUUGGAAGCACUGGCACAGUACCAUUUGAUGAAAUACUUCCUGAACCAAGCACUUCUGGCGCAAACGAAACAUUCUUCCGAAACGGGUGUAUUUAUGACACUGAAAGAAAGGGAUGGUUUGUGUUCAUAUAUUUCAACUUUGUGGUCAUGUUUUUACUACCAUUACUGGUCAUUUCUCUCUGUUACACCCUGAUCGUUGUUCGGUUGAUGAAAACAAACGUUACAGACGGUGGUCGUCGAAGCUCCAAUACAGAAUCUACACGCUCAGGUGGCAAGGAUAGUACGAAAAAGAUCUGGAGAACAAAUCGAAGAAAGUCAUCCUCUGCGUCAACAGGCCGUACUUACCGAGAAAAAGUCAGGGUGACGGUGAUGUGCGCAGUUUUAGUCUUGCUCUUCAUUCUGUGCUGGCUUCCUUUUCAUUCCGUACACUUAGCGAAAAUUGAAGGAAUAACAAUUCAAGAUGAUAACAUAUGUUCAAGAUUGGCGAUCGCAACAUCAUUACUUGCUUAUCUUAACUCAGCUUUCAAUCCGUAUCUGUACAACUUCCUCGGAACUUUCCAAAAAAGAAUGAAGCAAAUCAAAAACCACAAGAGAAUGCAGAGCUUCCUAUCAGCGACAGGACUGACUCGUCUUGGUGGCGGUCGAUCUAAUUCGAUUGUUACUUCAAGUGACGGAUCAAAAACAAAGCAUAGAUCUGGAAGUGUUCCUUACGUCAGUGAAGCCCGAGGAAGUGUUCAAAAAGAGCGUAUACCGUUAAGGACUAUGGAUAGCAGUGGAAAUUUAUAAUGGGAUUAGGAGAAAAGACUUUAAGACAAUGAAUGACCUUCCAGUGAAUGUGUUACAACAAUUAUUGCAACAUAUCCUGCAAAUUUUGAAUUCUUCAACUUAUUCUGUGAUAUUUUUCCAUGAAAGAUAUCAACACUUUCAGUUCAGUUCAAGCUUUGUGGUCACGGUGUAAUGACUUAAAUAAGCUCAGCCUAACCGGAGAAAUUCCGAUAGCUUUUUAGUAGUUAUCGAUCUGAAAUGUAGACUGCCAUUUUUUCCCUAUAUUUUUUUCAUACCUUACAGUCCAAUAUUUAUAAUGCGUAAAUUUAUAGUAUUUUUCUUCACUCUUGUCUGUGCAGACUGGAAAAAAUAUUGAUAGUCAGCACUCGUUUUAAAUAUUUAAGCCCCCGUCAUUAAAAAGCACGGUGAAGUACUUUAACACCAAGUCCAUCCUAGCAUUUUCAGAAUUUUUUUCGUUUUUUAGCUUCUAAACUAAAAUUCCUCUAUAAAUUUAAAAUGAAAGCCCAGUUAUUCAUUCGUUGAAUUGUGUAAUCAUUAGGCUAUCACAAAUACCACCAGAGAGGUUUAAAAACGUGGAUACGUCCGCAGGCACACUUAAUUUGUGCGUUAUAUAUUUCAUAUUCCGCUAUACCUUUAACAUCUUGAAUUUUCUGUACAGCUAUUUUUCUUGUAAUAAUAUAAUUCCAGUCGUCAAUUUCAGGAUUAGUAGUGUAAAACAACUAGAAGGUUUACUAAUACCAUCAUAUCCCCAAACUUCAAUCCGUUAUUAAAUGCGACAAUCUCAAGCAACACUCGUUUUGGGACAAUAUCAAUUUACUGUUAUCUAACUCACAAUUUCAUUUUUUGUUUUAUUUUUCAAUAACCAUGCAUACGAUUGUCAUUUUUAAACAGGCUAUUUGAAUUUUUUUGACACAAAUGCUUAAUCGUACAAAUAUAUGUA